UAGACACACAAUGACGAACCGAAUUAUAUGUUUUUAAUUUAUUCUAAUUAAUAAAUCGCGCUUGUCGUGUGUGUUAAAUUUAUUAUAUUAUUUGCGUGUGUGAAGUGAAAUGGGUGCCUUAGGUUGUGUGAGUUUGCAAAUAACACCAACAGAGAGCACAGAAGUGUUUACUGUGGUGAGUUCGGAGCUCUCGUUACACGAAACGCGAAGAGACCACGAGUCGCAGGUUCUGAAACAGAAAAAUUGUAGCAAUUUACACUGGCUAUGGUGGACGUUUGGUGUUGAUGUACCUUUAUUUCUAAUCGUGGUAAUAUUAGUGGGUCUCUUCGAGUUCGGAAUAAUCCCCCACUACAAGAGUGGUUUUUAUUGCAAUGAUCCAGCGCUGUCCUUCCCAUUUAAAGGCGAUACAGUUAAAAUGGAAGUCAUAAUGUCUACGGUUAUCCUAUUGCCAUUUGUACUUGUCUUCAUCACAGAGUUAGUCCUUUUCGAUGCAUCGUAUUCAAUCCGCGCCAGAUUAGACUUCGUUUCCAAGAUAACGUUCAAAAUAUAUCGAAACUACCUCUACGGUAUGAUAUUCAACCUAGGAAUUGUUGAAGUUAUGAAGGGUAUUACGGGAAACCCUAGACCUACCUUCUUUGCCAUCUGCGAACCAGACACCGCGAAGACUUGUAAUGGUUCUGAAUAUGUCAGUACUUUCGAGUGUACAUCAACACGAUUUUCCAGCUGGUAUCAAAGCGAUUCCUACCACAGCUUCCCUUCAGGGCACACUUCACUCUCUUUAUAUUGUGGAUUUUUUAUGGCGUGGUACCUCCAACGUCGUGCGUUCGACUGGCGACACCGCACAGUUUUUGCUGUUCCUUUCCUGCAACUACUUUGUAUGACCUACGUGGCUGUAUGCUCACUCACACGGAUAACCGAUCACCGCCAUCACUGGUGGGACGUGCUCACCGGGGCUGUUGUGGGGGUGGUCACAUUGCUAUAUACAGUGCUGGCUCUCAGCAAUAAUUUUAGGACUAAAUCUAAGUGUACACAGGAAAAUCUCAUGACAGACAGCCAACACACCGUGCGCACAUUAAUCUUUGAUGGACCACAGCAAAUGGUGGUGCCAUGAUAUUAUAAAUCAUUCGCUAUAAUUUAAAAAAAAAAACAAUCUGUAAUCAUAACUGACAUAUCAUAAAUAAUAAUUAUAUUUUAUCUGUAUUGUUGUAUAUUUUAAAUUAGUUAUUUAGUUUAAGUUAUUUUAUUUUAAUUGUAUCAUACACAAUAUAGAAUACACUUUUGCCUUCUCCAAGAGGAAAGCGUGAUUAAUUUGUCUAUAAAUGUUUUUUUUGGCGCUUGUCACAGCCUUGUCAGCUUGUUUUACCGUUCUUGAUUUUUCAGUCUUCACCUUUCAAUUGUAUACAAGUUAGGUACUUGGUGGUUAUAUUUAACCAAAGCAACAUUUGUAGUGCUUUAUUUCAAUUUAAAGUAUGACUGAAUCAGUAUUGGUUCACGGGACAUUACGUCAUAGAUCCCACGGUUAGUUUGUAAUACUUCACCUGAAUAUACAUGUGGUUGGCACCACUUAUCAUUAUGUAGAAUAUCAUUUUUGAGAUGACAUAUUUCGGUUAAAAAAAAAUAUAAGUAUUAUAUAUAUUUAUUUUAGGUUGCGUAUAACAAAGUCAAAAUACGAUUAAUAUAUUUCUUCCCCCUUUCUUGGCGUGUAUUUACGCCAUUUGAGUGCAAAAUAUUCUGCCAAUGUCACGUAUAAAAUAGAUGGCACAUGUGAUAUGAGAUUAUUUGGUUGAUAAUAUUUUUAUAAUACAUAAAAUAAUUUAAUAUAUCAAAACUAACAAUUGCCAUGUUUGUUAUCUUUGUCUAGUUAUAUUUUCUUAAAUAGGUUAGAUCAAAUAAUUUAACAAGGAAUGUACAUUGCGUCCACGUAGGUUUAAGUUAAAAAGAUACUUAAUAAUUAUAAUAAUAAAGCAAUUACAGUACACCAUUUUCAUGCUAUUUUUUAUAAUCAUAUUUUAAAAAAUCAGUAUUAAAUUAUUUUAUUACAAUAAAAUGCAUAAAAAAAAAUUUUGUUGAAAUUGUUGUUGUGUGAUUUUGUUGUGUGAUCUGUAUAUAAGAGCCUAAAAAUGUUUAUAUUUAUUUAGAUGUAUAAUGUGUAAUAGUGUAAUAUUGUCUGAAUAUAACAAUGAAAAUGUCGUAAGUCAAGAUACUGUUGAUGCAGUUAUGACAUUUUAAAUUGUAUAACUAUAUACUUCUAUUAUAUACAUAUAAUUAGUGCAUGUGUAAACUGAAGCACGCAUAUAUCAAAAACGAUUACGAAGUUAGCAGAGAUUUUAAACUUGUAUAAAAAUAUAUUUAUGUAUGUAGUAUAGUUUACAUAAUACAGCUGCGAAUAGAAAAAAUAGUUUUAAAUAUUAUUGUUAUAUAUUAAACUGAUAUUAUGAUUAAAAUACCUUACUGGUGGUAGGGCUUUGUGCAAGCUCGUCUGGGUAGGUACCACCCACUCAUCAGAUAUUCUACCGCAAAACAUCAGUACUUGAUAUUGUUGUGUUCCGGUUUGAAGGGUGAGUAAGCCAGUGUAAUUACAGGCACAACGGACAUAAAAUCUUAGUUCCCAAGGUUGGUGGCGCAUUGGCUAUGUAAGCGAUGGUUGACAUUUCUUACAAUGCCAAUGUCUAAGGGCGCUUGUGACCACUUACCAUCAGGUGGCCUAUAUGCUCGUCCGCCUUCCUAUUCUAUAAAAUAUAUAUAUAUAUAUAUAUA